ACGACGGCUCACACACCGUCCGCGAUCGUCAACGGUCACACACACUUUGGUGUCACGGGUCACGUUCGCCACCUUAGCGUCGAUUUACAACGCGGUGAAAUAAUAAUUAUUAUUUUGUUGUUGUUCUAUUGAUAUAUUACGACGCGUGCGAUAUUUCCGUACAGUACACGGUUUUACACGUUUUACCGGUUUAAUUACAUCUGUUCCGUCUGAUGUUCGAUUGAAACAUUUUUUUUUUCGCGUUUUCGUGCGCUUCUAUAAUUUUUUAUUUAUUCAUUUUUUUUUUUUUUUUUUCAUCGCGUCAACGAGACAUCUCGCUUCGGAUCGCACGCGAUCCGAAAGAAAACACCGUUCAGUUCAGCCGAGCCGAGUUCGAGUGCGCGAACACGUUGCACACGCGCCGUCGCGGAAGACGAACAGAAGAAGCAGAAGAGGAACGCGCGCGCGGUUAUCUCCAGCUGGUUUCUCGUAGAACGUGCAGGGGGGCUGGUGAUGCGCGAUGGUCGGACCGCGCGCUGAAACACUAGCGUUCUACAUGGCGGCCGCGUUGGUGUGGGUGGCCGCGGUAUCAUCGGCUUCGGCGGCCGCGGCGGUUGCAGCAGCAUCAGCACCGGCGGUGGAGGAGUCGAUCACCGCGAAAAUGACCAUGGAACUGGUGACCAACGUCGGCUUCGUCGGCGUUGACGACAACGACAUGCGAGACGACCGGCGGCCCGUGGCUGCGAAGCAGCUGAUCGUCGUCGAGUCGCAGCAACAACCCAGGAGGUUCAGGCAUGAGGCGUCCGCGGUCAGGGUGCUUUAUCAGACCGGGAACUCGGAGGAAGAGUUGCCGGUGUGCGAAAAGUGGGCGGUGUGCAGCAAGGUAGACAUGUAUCAAUGGCCGUGGGUGGAGAGGCAGUGCAGGUGUCCACCGGGCGUGCCGCCGUGCUCGCAAAUGCUGUCGCCCGCUGACGGGCACACCAUCACCGAUAAAACGAGGCAGUUCAAGUUGUGCGAGCCCAUCAAGAUGUUGCCCAAAUGCCGUUACUUCCGCGACAUGGCGUGGACGUUACGCAGCGAAGGCAACGGGACGCUGCAAACAGUCCAUUGCCACUGUCCUAAGGGUUCGGUCGCCUAUCUACUGAAGCGACAAGCGUACCAGACCGAGUCCAAGCAGAUCGGUUACCAGUACUCGUUCGCGUGUUCCCCGCAAAGUGUAAGUGUAUUUUUUACGUUUUUAAUACAUGUCUGUGUGUGUGUAUGUGUGUAGAUCGUGGUCGAUUUC